AAAAUAAUAUUUAAAACUAAGCAAUCUAUCGAUAAAACAUCAAAUGUGAAAGUAAUAAAUACAAGAUUAAGAAUUCAAACUAGGAAAACAAAAAAUGGAAAAGAUAUGUCAAUAUCACAAUCUGAAAAUACUAUACAAACAGAACAACAAAAAUGUAAGAGGCGUAAAAAGUUAUCUAAGGAAAAUAUUAAUAAUAAAAUAGAAGCCCAAAAAAAUCUAAAUAGUAGUGGUAGUAAUAGAAAUAAGCAGGAAGUAAAAGAUAAAAAGAAGAAAGUUAGUAAUAGGAUAAAUAAAAAUGUUUCUAAUUCAAGACAAAUGUCAUUAAAGGAGUCAUUUUUGAACCAUUCUAAAAUAAAACUGUUACGUUCUCAUAAAAAUUCUAAAAAUUCCAAGAAUGAUUCUACAUUAGUAAAAGAAAGAUCAACAAAGAGAGUAAGUGUUAUGAAAAGAAAACAACCUAUUUAUGAUUGUGUUUCACCAGAAAAUCCUAAAGAAAGUACCAAUGAAAUUUAUGAGUUCAAAUUUGAUAUUAAUGAUUCAAAAGAAAGAUUACCCAAGAAACAAAAGAGAAAAGUUACUAUUAAGAAGACAUUGAUAAACAAGAAAAAGAAAAAUGUUGUUAAUUCAAAACGUAAUUUGCAAGAGACAAAAGUUCGUAAAAAAACAUCAAUUACUGGUGAAUUAGAAAAAAUCAAAGAAAAAGAUCCUGUUGAAUCUGUUCAAAAUAAAAUGUCCGUAGAACCUCUAUCUAAAAAGGAAGAUUUAGUAGAAAAUCCUGAACCAGAUGUAGAAGAAAAUCCUAAACCAGAUGUAGAAGAAAACAGAGACUCAAAAGAAUCAGAAAAUAUAAUCAAAGAACAAAAUGAGGAUAAAAAAAUUAUGAAACCUGUAAUUUUAUCAAUAAAAAAAUUAAAUGAUAAAAGAAUUUUAUUGAAAGAUAUGUCGCAAAUAUCAAAUUCAGCUGAUUUUAAACCAUUUAGACCAACAAGUGUUUUUAACAAUAGAUUAACAAUACAACAAAAAAAUGUGAUUAACAGUUCUUUAUUUGAGAAGUCUUUAUCACCAAUUAUGAAAUUGUCAGAAAAUUUACAAAUUAAUAGUCCCUGGAGGGCAUCACCAUUACUUACAUUUUCUCAAGUAAAAAAUAUGUUUCAAAGUACACCACAAAGUAAAAAGUACAACAUUGUAAGUAAAAACUUUGUGCGAUCUCUAAAUGAUGAAUCUAAACAGUAUGGAAAUAUACUGAAAGCAAGAAAUAAUUUGCAGAAGAAUGAUAAAAAUAUGAGUAUAGAAAAUUCUACUACAAAUACUCCUAAAAAGAAAAAUACUUUACCAUCAAGAAAAUUUGGUACAGAAAUUACAAACAUAGAUCAUUCCUUACAUGCUAAUCCAAUAGAACAUGUAAAUGAACAAGUAGUAGUGGAAAAUGUGAGUAUUCAGUCAAAUGUACACUCAAUUACUUCUAAUAUGAAUGAUUCAAUUAGGUUUAAUAAUAAUGAGAACAAAACGAAAAAUACAUUAAGUCCAAAAAAAUCUUUUAAAAAAGAAGCAAAAGAAACGAAAUUCCAAAAUCAUCAGGAAAGUAUAUUAAAUACACAAGCUGAUGAACUAAAAGAAAAUUUGGAUCCUCAACCUGGUCCAUCAGGUUUACAAAUACUACCAAUUUCUAAUGAACAAAGGGUGUUAAGACAAUCAAAUUUAAAUAACUUUUUAAAUAUAAUGGACAUGCCACAAAAUACUACAAUCACAACUCCUCAUGGAAUUUUUGAUUAUGGGCAAUCAACAGCACUUAGUAGUAGAUCAGUAAUAAAGCUUAAUGAAUCUAAUAUGGAAAUAAAAAAUGCAUUUGGUUUUAAUGAUGAAGAUUCCAAUCAAGAUAUAUCCUCUGUUGAAUAUAAAAUUAUAAAUGAUAAAGAAGAAGAGAACAAGAGUAUUCAAACAAAUUUAGGACAAUACAAUACAAAACCUACUGCAAGGUUAUCAAUUGGUGAGAUAAAAAAUAAGUUAUUAGUUAAAAAAUUGAAAAAAAAUGUACAAAAUGAAAUAAAAGAAAUAAAAAAGUCACCCAUUAAGGAAAGGAACGAACAAAAAAUAGUAGACAUUACUAACUUUUCUGAUACAUUUGAUGUACUAUCUGAAACAAAUGAAACUUCUGUAGUGGAUGUAUCUGAAAUUCCAUUGUUUACUGAUAUGGAACCAUCCCACUUUACAACGCCCCCACGAUACUCAUACAAACGAAAACGUGCAGUAAGAUUCAGUUUUUCAGAAGGUAGUGAAGGAGAAGAAGUGUUUAUUAAACAAGAAAAGAAACGGAAUAAAAAUGAUAAAUUGAAAAAAGAACAAAACAAAAGGUUGAUGGAAUGGGUUAAAGACAUUAAUGCAACAUUUAGUGAAAUAGACCAGCAUGAACUCACGAUCGUUUAAAUUGUCAACUAUCAUUAUUGUAAAAAAAAAGAA